UAAGGACAUCCUCCAGCAUGAAACUCAGGCUGCUGGAGGUGAAGCUUGGUGUGGAUCAGCUGUAGGAUCCCUGAGUUUUUAGAGCUUUAUGGUGGAGCAGCUGAUGGAUGAAUGUGUGUUGGGGUACAGACAGCAAAGCCUGGGAUUAACAUCCUGCCUGAGCGCUGUUCUCAUCCAGGAUGCAGAAAAAUCUGCUCUUUCUUGCAGUGAGGAAGAGGCAGGAGAACAGUGAGACAUAGGACAAAGCUCCCACCUUCCCUGCAGCCUCCCCUGGCCUCUGGCAGCUCCCUGAGAGCUGGUGUGCAGCAGGUACCCGAGGUGCUGAUGUGACACCCACCACUGCCUGCUCCUUGCCAGGGCUAUGGGGAAACUGCAGAGUAAAAUCAGCUUCCACACCACCAAAUACAGGGCCGAGGGCUCCGUGGGACACACGGGACCCGCGGGAGCCUCCCAGCAGCACAGCCCUGCUCACACCGAUGCUGUCACCUCUGUGGCUGCCCUCAAACCAGACCUGUGUGUGUCAGGAGGAAAGGAUAAGAGCGUGGCUGUGUCCAGCUGGAGAUCUGGGGCUGCCCUGCGCCGCUUCAUUGGCCACGAGCGUGAGGUCACCAAGGUGACCUCAGCCCUUGACUCCAGCAGAGUCUUCAGUGCAUCCCGGGACAAGACAGUGAUGAUGUGGGAGCUUCACGGGACUGCGGGGCCAAGCCAGCACUUCCCAGGACAUGACCUGGUUGUUACAGGACUGGCUGUGAGCCCCGAUGCCUCCCAGCUGUGCACGGGCUCCCGGGACAACACCGUGUGCAAGUGGGACACUGAGACUGGGGAGUGUCUGGGCAGAGCUGCGAUCUCCAGGAAUCUGGUCACACACCUGUGCUGGGUUCCUGGGGAGCCUUAUGUCAUCCAGACCUCAGAAGAUAAAACCACCAGGGUGUGGGACAGCCGGGAGCUGCAGGUGGCACACACGUUCCCAGCCAAGCAGCACAUCCAGACGUGCUGUGACGUGAGCCAGGACGGGCGGUACUGCCUGAGCAGCAGCAGCGGCUCCGCCGGCCACGGCGCCGAGGCCACCCUCUGGGACCUGAGGCAGACCAAGGGCCGGGUGUGUGAGUACAAAGGGCAUUUCCAGACCACCACCUCCUGUGUUUUCCUGCCCCGGAGCCCAGCCCUCGCCCCCAGCAUUGCCACGUCCUCCAGCGACAGCACAGUGAAGGUCUGGGACCAAGACACUGCAGCCUGCCUGGCCACGCUGUGCCUCGAGGGCUCGGGCCCGCUGGCCUCACUGGCCGCCUGUGACAGCUGCACCCUGCUCUGUGCCAGCUCCAACUCCGGCAUCCACGUGCUCCGUGUGAGCGGCAGCACAGAGCUGGCCCUGGAGGAGGUGGCAGCGUUCUGAGCAUUGAAUUGUCACACAUUGCCCCAGGAUGAGGUGGCAGCGUUCUGAGCACUGGAGCCUCUGUCACACACUGUCCCAGGAGGAGGUGGCAGCGUUCUGA